GGGGGGGGGGGCGGCCGGCGAGGAAGCGCUCGGCGCUGCGCGGCUGGGGCUGGGCAGCGCUGGGGCAAACAUGCGGAGCGCGGCCGAGGCGGUGUCUGCACAGCGGAGCGCCGCAGCCAGGGUUGUGGUUUCUGAAGCUGUCUGAAGAGUGCCAGAGACUGGCCCCUCCACGGUGGGGACACAGCCACGGGGUAGGCUGCUGAAGUUUCCCUUGGACUUCACCCUCUGGCGGCUGGCUGGGGAAGUGCUGCUCAGCCUGGGACCAUGGGCUCCAACAGCAUCUCCCACAUGAAAGCCACUGGCAACUUCUCUGUCAGUCCUAACGACUACAUAAUUCACAAGCAUUACAACUACACAGGAAAGCUAAACGACAAAGUGGACAGUGGAAUAAAAGUUACCUCAGUGGUUUUUAUCAUCAUUUGCUGCUUUAUCAUCUUAGAGAACAUUUUUGUCCUGCUGACUAUCUGGAAAACCAAGAAGUUUCACAGACCCAUGUACUAUUUCAUUGGAAACUUAGCUCUUUCAGACUUGUUGGCUGGAGUGGCAUAUAUUGCCAACCUCUUAUUAUCCGGACCCAAAACCUACACUUUGUCCCCUCCCCAGUGGUUUCUAAGGGAAGGCAGCAUGUUUGUUGCCCUGUCAGCUUCUGUGUUCAGCCUCCUGGCUAUUGCCAUUGAGAGGUAUAUCACCAUGCUGAAGAUGAAACUCCACAAUGACAGCAACAGUUUCCGCUCCUUCCUGCUAAUCAGUGCCUGCUGGGUUAUCUCCGUGAUACUAGGGGGUCUCCCUAUCAUGGGCUGGAACUGCAUUGAUUGCAUGCAUAAGUGCUCUACUGUGCUGCCCCUCUAUCAUAAGCAUUAUAUUCUUUUUUGCACCACCGUUUUAAACGUCCUAUUAUUGUCCAUUGUGGCCCUCUAUUGCAGGAUCUAUUCCAUGGUCAGGACUAGGAGCCGCAGCCUAACAUUUCGGAAAAACAUUGCCAAAGCCAGCAAGAGCUCAGAAAAGUCCCUUGCCUUGCUCAAGACAGUGAUCAUUGUCCUCAGUGCCUUCAUUGUUUGCUGGGCACCCCUGUUCAUCCUGCUUUUGCUGGAUGUGGGGUGUAAAGUGAAGGCCUGUCCAAUCCUUUUCAAAGCGGAGUAUUUCCUAGUGCUGGCUGUGCUCAAUUCCGGCACCAACCCAAUCAUCUAUACCCUCACCAACAAAGAGAUGAGGAGGGCCUUCUUAAAGAUCAUGCUUUGCUGCAAAUGCCCCUCUGCAGACUCCGGGACCAAAUUCAAAAGGCCGAUUAUAGGAGGGAUGGAGUUCAGCAGAAGUAAAUCUGACAACUCUUCCCACCCACAGAAGGAGGAGGGUGACUGCCCAGAGACGAUCGUGUCUUCAGGCAACAUCAACUCAUCUUCCUAGACAUACCCACGGGGGCUGGUUUCAAAGCCUCUGCUUUGAAAUCUGACAGGCAAGAAGCCUCUUGCUCAUAGUAGCUAGGCAGGGAAGUGGCGUACAUGAGCAAGGUAGCAUUAGUUCUGAAGAGGCCUAUAGUGCACUUGUGUGGCUGGAGUUCAAGAAGUGGGACAGACUGUUCUGGCUUGAAAACAUUUCCCCCUGGAGCAUGUUUUGUCUUUGCACUGAGGCAGUUCAAAAUUGUUGGGAGCAUUCAGAGCCUGAAGUCUCCUUAGUAACUCAGAAAGACUGAUGCCUUGGUGGAAUGAUGCCUGUUGUGUGUGCGAGUGGAAAAGGGGAAGGGGGAAGGGGAGAAUUGACUUUUUUGUUGUUCUUUGAGAAGAAUGUGAAGUUAUUUUUUCCUUUCAAUUGCAGUGAGCCCCUUACACAAAGCUAUUUCUGUACCAAGUUUAGUGGUAGCUCUGGCAUCCUUGGUCAGAAGAGUUUCUUUAGCAUACGGUAAAGAAAGAAAUCCCGCCCAUGUAAUCUAGAUCAUGGUCAACCACAGUUUGGCUUCCCUCCAACUGAGUUUUUAAAUGUCACAAGCUUUCUUUGGUAGAAUCCAAGAGGGUUUAUUUUGUUUGUUUUUUUUUACCCGGAUCAAAUUUUUCUGAAGGUUCUUAUUACUGGUUAAGAACACAAACCAGACUUUGCAUUUGGCUCCAGCCCUGCAACUCUUGAAAAAAUCAACAGACUUUUCUGGAGAAUUAGCUCAGAGCAGCAUUUGGUCCUACAUCUCUUUUGACUUGCUUCUCAUGAAAUAAGUUGUUACCACAGUUGCAAGAGAGAACUAAAGUUCUUUGCUCUUUUAGAUGAUUCUCACACUUGCAAAAGUAAGUAUAAUAGUAUUGCAUACUGUUGAUGUCAGUGGGAAUUGUAAUCAAGCAAGAAUUUCAGGGCUGGUCCACAGUGUUUCCAAAGAUAAAGACUGAUGAUAAAAUAUGAACAGAAGAUCAUGGGAAUCAGAAAAAUUAAAAAAUAAAUUGUUGUUAGUCCAAGUGAAA